AGUUCUGAAAGCACGAAACCAAAAAGCGGUGAGAUUAAACACUGACCUUAUGAAGAUUUUGUCUUUAAUUUUAACUAUUAAAAAGUCUGCAUUUGAAUUUCAGCUGCGUCACAUUGCUGUUUUUUAUUCAUUUUCAGAUUUAUCAUGGCAGUGAUGAGAGGUCUUGUGCUUCUUUUCUUGGUCUUUUCUGUGGACAAUGAAGCAGCUGACGACUGUUCAUUUGGAUGGACACUUUUUGGAGUUAAAUGCUUCAAGUUCUUCCCCCAGACAUUUGACUGGGUCACAGCAGAGAAAAAUUGUCAAAGCCUUGAUGGAAAUCUUGCGUCUGUGCGCAGGCCACAACAAAAUGAUUUUCUCCUGAGUCUGGUACCUGUUAACACACGUGUUUGGAUUGGAGGUCAUGAUGGUGAAAUUGAAAAUCAAUGGCUGUGGAGUGACGGAUCCCGAUUUAUCUACACCAACUGGUGCAAAACAGAACCUAGCAAUACGGGUGGUUCUGAGCACUGCCUGGAGAUAAACUUGAGCAAUAACCGUUGCUGGAACGAUGAAGCCUGUAGUACCACACUAGCUUACAUUUGUGCUCGAAAACCCUGAUGAGAAUUCUGAAUAGAGUACACCUUUGAAAUUGUUCCACCACAUCAUCUCUAAACUUCCAUAACUUGUAAAUUGUCUCAAAGAAAUAAAAGCAUUUCAAAAGCAAAAAAUCUGAAUUGCAGAGUCAAGCUUUUUAUCAUGUACAAAAAACAAGUAAAAAAUCAAUUGUUUGAUAGAAUGAAAUGGGUAACUCGUCUGAACACUA